AUGGCAGAAGUCUCUCAAAUAGGAGACGGCCAAGUCCAAGGUGGAAUGCACACUGUCGAAAUGACCAUGACCAUUCCCAUGACAGUGACUACGGCGACAAUGGUCCCCGUCUCAGAGAUUGGGGAUGGACAGAUUCAAAAUCCUGUCCCCACAACCAUACCUGCGGACGCGACAGCGACGACAGGAGCAGCAGAACCCACAGCAACGACAAACCAUGAUGCUCUCCUUCCCCCUCCACCACCGACUCGAAGAUCCGUCAUCGCCACGUCCAAACCCCCAACCGUGCUCGAGCAAGCGUGUGGAAUUGAGACGCGAGGCUCAACACCGUCCACAUUGACAGCCUCGACGGCGGCUGUGUCCGCAUUCGUGGCGUCUUCGCCAAUGCAACCAUCAGACGAAGACACCGGCAACGGAUCUGGAUCAGUAUCACCAACAUCAACAUCUGAAGAAGUCGAAGCAACUCCGAUUCCAAGCCCCUCAAGCACCGUCACAGGAAGCACCCCAAGCAAAUUCGUAUCCUGCCUCACAAAUUCAACUCUCCGCCUCCGCUUGACCGACAACGGCACCCUUCUCGACUCCCACAAUCGGACGGGAUACAUUGCUUCAAACUAUCAGUUUCAAUUCGAUGGGCCGCCACAGGCUGGUGCGAUCUAUACGGCUGGCUGGAGUGUUUGUCCCGGUGCGUCGCCGGGUGGAAAUGGAAAUGGAAACACAGGUGAAGGUGAAGGAGAAGGGGAAGGUGAAGGUGAAGGAGAAGGGGAAGGUGAAGGUGAAAAUGGAAAAAGUGGGCCUGAGGUUCUCGCGUUAGGAGGGAAUACCACGUUCUGGCAGUGUUUGAGUGGGGGGUUUUAUAAUUUGUAUACGGAGGAUUGGGCGGCGCAGUGUAGUCCGGUCGAGUUGAGGGUUGUGGAGUUGGUUGAGUGUUGA